UACACGCAUGUUGGAGGAGGAGGUUGUCAGAUCUUCAAAAGUCGCAACCAGAGAGACCGGAAAGACGCAGAGAGAGACAGAGAGAGGGUCCUCCGAUACCCUCUUCUUCAUCUUCUUCUUCUCUCUCGUGAAAGUCUCCGCGUAAAUUUAGAAGAUUCUUUCUCAAUUUCUCUCCAGUUUGAUGCAUUUUUUCCGACAGGCUCUUGCUCUUCUCGGGCUUUUCUGAUCAACCGUCGUUGCUCAUGAUUGGGUAGGUUAUUUCUGAAAGAUUGCUCUUGACUGUAAUACUUUGGAAGAUGUUUCUGCAAAGGUACGAGAUGGUAUAUAAUGGUGUCCUUUGUUGAGGUGCAAGAACUAGCUUAGCAAGUGACAUCCUUUGUAUAAUCACCAUCUAGAUGUGGAAUUUUACAUCCAGUGGCGUACCUGGGAAUGUUAGAUUGAAAAACAACUAUCUAGAGCAGACUCAGGUUGCUUCGGAAUGCUCAGACGAUGAUGUGUCAUCUGUUGUCAGUAGAGAGGAAGGUCUGGAGUGCCCAAUAUGCUGGGAAUCCUUCAAUAUUUGUGAAAACGUACCCUAUGUGUUAUGGUGUGGCCAUACCCUGUGUAAAAAUUGCGUCCUUGGACUGCAAUGGGCUGUUGUGAAAUUUCCUACUCUACCAAUUCAGCUUCCGCUUUUUAUAUCCUGCCCAUGGUGCAAUCUAUUAUGCUUUCGUCUGGUAUACAAAGGGAACCUCAGGUUCCCUCGAAAGAACUACUUUUUACUUUGGAUGGUUGAGAACAUGAAUGGUGAUAGACUGAAGUCUCAUGAUGGCUUCUGUGAAGAUCACCACCAUCCAGAUUGGACAUCAAGCUGCAGUUUAGCCCCGGGAAAUCAGGUCACCCAUGGUAACAUUAGGAGGGGACACCACAUUCAUAAUCCAGAGCUGUCAUUUCCAAACCACAAUGGAAUUCAUGCAGCUUAUCUCAAUGCAGAAAGACUCCAUGCUUCCCUUCGGAAGUCCCUGGUUUUCUUUGUUCGCCUGACAGCAAAGUUUUCAUUGGCCCUCAUAUUUAUUCUGAUCGUCCUAUAUGCAAUACCUGCCAGUGCCGCCUUCUUGGCCCUGUACUUUCUUCUCACAGUUCUUUUUGCUUUUCCAUCAUUUCUUUUACUGUACUUUGCAUAUCCUAUUUUGGUUUGGCUUGUGAGGGAAAUCAGAACCUGAGAUUGCUAUCAACUGUUUUGUUUGUAAGCACUCUGAAUAGAAGUUUGGAACAUGUCUGCUGAACUGUUGCAUUGGCUGAAACUGGAGCUCUGCAAUUCGACGACUUCCCGAGGUUUCAUUGUUACUGUAGCUUUGGAUUCCAACUUGCCUGAUCUCACUGUUUCCAUAGCUUUACAAGUCUCGGAAAUGGUUGCUGGUGAAUAUGUGUGUAAAUACUCUAUUGAUUUGGUAUGAACUACCAGAAAGAUGAAGAGUGGUGUUUGUUUGAAGACUAAUUUUGUUGUAGUUACAUUCUAGUUAUUGUUUUGGGAUCUGAUAUUUAUACUAUCAUGAAUGUUUGGAAGCAAUUUGAAUGAA